GCGUGAAAUGUUUGUGUUUAUUAUUAGCAGAAGAACAGGAGAGAUUUGUUCGUUAUUUUUAUUUCAAGAAACGGUGUGAUUUUUCGAUCAACGAACCCAGAGAGUUUAAAAAUUUCAUCUCUAUUUAGCGCUAAAGAUUCUGCAAAAUCAUAUAGUUACAAUUAUAAGUGAAACCGGCGAAUCAUCAUGCUUACCUUUCAAUUCACUCACGCGAUCGCCUUUCUGGCCACAAUCUUCCUAAUCGGCAAGUGCUACGCUCAUCCCACAUUCCGGCAAGAGCUGUGUGUGGGCUGCGGCGAAGAGUGUGAUAAAUGCGAGUUUGGUGUCGUAAUAUCGGCUCUCUGCGGUAUCACCGAAUGCCGACGAGGCCCUGGCCAGAGGUGCGGUGGUCCGAGCGAGAGGUGGGGCGUGUGCGGCGACGGAUUGAUGUGCAGUUGCAACCGAUGUGCCGGCUGUAGUCUGGACUCCCUCGACUGCUUCGCGAAUCGUGCUUGUCUGCCCCAUCUGGAAUCGGGAAGUCAUCUCGAGGAUAUCAUCCGUCGCUUCGAUAGAUUUUCCCUCGAAAGAAUUACUAAGUAAACGGAAACCCAACCCACAAGCCGCUCAGGAUGAACGAAAAGGAUGACGGAUGGAUGAAGACGACGAAUGCGGAAAACAAAUGUAAAACGAGAGAGGAAGAGAUAGGAGAGAAAGAGAAAAAUGAGUAUAUAUAUUAGCGAUUUUCCGAAUUAUUUAUUACAUUUCAUGAUGUGUAUAAUCUCAUUAAUAAGUAUCUACGAUUGUGAUAGAUAACUCGUCGGGGCCCGAGUCUCUAUCCCUUUCCGCGAGACAACGGUGCCCCUGUCCGUGUUUAAUGGCAUUUCUGUGAUUUUUUAAUUACUGUGUUAAUUAUCGUGUUCUAUCCACGCACGCCUCAAUGAAACGCGGAUGCGCGCGCGUGAGCGAGCGUGCGUCGUCGGCUAGCUUGAUCUCGUGAGAUACUCGAUGAAUCACGCGCAUGAUUCUUGGCUGUGAAUCGCGUCUCUCGCGGAAUACGCGCACGAGGCGAUGACUGGGUCCUCCAUAUUCCCACGCGAAUCCACCGUAAAGGUUUCCGCCGAAAAUCGAGAGCGUCAAUCGAAAUACAAAUGGGAACACGAGAAAAAAUAUCGCGGAUAAAACGAACGAAGAGGAAGGAACCCUCGUCAUUACAAAUAUUGUCGAUCUAAAAAUUUUGACAUUCCUUUAGUCGUUUACAAAAGUUGUUCCAACUUUUACGAACUCGUUUCAAUAUAUAUUCUUAAUAUUGAUACAUUUUUUAUUUUUAAAGUCUUUAACAUUCUCCCGAUAAAACGCGCGCUUACUUAGUUAGAUAUUAAAAUAUUAUCAGUAUAUCACAAAUGUAUUGCUUCUUUAACGGACUAUUAUUAAUAAUUAAUAAAAAAAGAAGAACUAUUUUUUUCGUUGUCGCAUAAUGUAUUUUAUAUUUUUAUUUAUUUGACUAGUCAUUCGUGGGCGUCUUAAAAACGCGACGAGUAUUUUACGUAGCUCUCGGUAUUUUUGCGGAGACCAGCCGUGAGUGUUUGGUGAACGCCACCCUAUAUAACGGACGACAAAAUAAAAUUGGCUGCAUUCA